UCUGCAGAGAGCGCAGCUCUCAGCUGACUUUCUAGCUGAGUGACAUCUAAUCGAACGCGGUAUCUUCGUAGUGGUCCUAGAGUUGAGACGAAGUAGAAAGAGGACAUGUAAAUGUUAUUCUAUACAUAUAUUCUGUGCAAGUGCAUUUGUUUUUUGUGAAACCUAUGGAGGACAAGUACAUGUGAACAGCUGCUAGUGCGCCGUUAGACAGCCAGUGAUUAAGCCAACUAUUAUAGGCUUCCUGAAGAAAAAAAGAAGGGUCAGUGCAAACACAUAUAAAGAUUUACACCAACUCUUAAAUCUAUCAGAGGAAUGACGUAUCAUAUCCAUAGUGAUUAAGCAUUCGUGCAGCUUAAAAUCAACUUGUCAUGAGAGCCAUCCCGUGAAAGGGACAGAUUGCACACCAAAAACAAAUUAAUCCUGCCUAUUGAUUUCUUAUUUCUGGGUUUUGUGGUUUACGCACCGGUAGAUUAACUAAGGGUACAAAGGCUAGACGGGCUGCCUGCUUGUUAAGGGGUGACUAAAGCAGCAAAUGGACGUCGGCUCGCUGGUGAUCGUCACGCAAGACUUCAUCUCAGAGCUCGAAGAGGAGCUCUCGUUGUUCGCCGGUGACAUCGUACAGAUUCGAGAGAUAAUAGACAAACUUUGGUUUCGCGGUGAAUGCAACGGAGCCAAGGGCAAGUUUCCACGUAGCUACGUACGCGAGAAAUCGUUACCAGCAUCAUGGGGACUCCGUGCGCAAAAUCAAACCUGGCGCCUUUUUGCAGCUCUGGCCGAUUUUGCUGCGACAGAGGACGGCGAUCUGGGGUUCAGCAAAGGGGAUUUGUUGAUUGGUAAGGAAAAACUGGACUCAAACUGGUGGCGUGCCGAAAAUUCGGAUGGGCGACAUGGUAUUGUACCGGUAUCGCACGUCUGGCCAAUCGAUACUCAGCGUCUACCUAAGGAGGAGGAUGCUAAAGUUAACCGGCGCGCGCGUGUGAUCCUGACAAUGACCGCUCAACUCGGCGACGAAUUAGACCUCGUUAAAGAUGAGAUCGUUACUGUUCGAAGGAUCAUCGAUCGCGACUGGUAUUGGGGAGAAAAUGACUCAGGGUGCCAGGGUCGCUUCCCCAAGGGCUUUGUGACGCUCCUGGAGGAGCGCGUGGCGGAGACCCCUAGCGAAGAUCAGCCGCCUUCAUUCGAAGAAUGCGUACAGUCACCUAAAUCUCAAGCAUCACAUCAAUCUCAACAAUCGAACGACUCCAAGCAGUUAAAAGUCUCAUCUUUGUCCACAAAGCAGCAUCAAAAACAGUCGGGUCAACAGCAAAAAAUGGACGGAGGAGGAGCAGAGGAAGAGGAAGGGCAGACAAGGACAAGUGCAGUUGUAGCUUCUGAGAUUGCCGGGAAGACGUGCCAAAUGGUCCACCAAGAAUCCUCGACAGAUACUACAUACCAAAACCUAAGGGAGGUCUUAGUUGAAGCAGAUGAAGGCGAAGGGUACGGAGGUGCAAACGGUAUCCAACCGUAUGCGAGAACUAAAUACAAGUUUACCUCUCAGUAUCCAAACGAGCUGUCGUUCGAUGUAGGACAAAUUGUGCAAUUAAUACGGCAUGUAGAUGACGAGUGGACUGAGGGAGAACACAAGGGACAGGUGGGGUUAUUCCCCACUGAAUACGUGGACAUCAUUGUCGACGUAGCGCACGACUUACCGUCGAUUGCAGGGACGUUAGCUAAAGCGCUUUAUGACUUUGAUAGCGGAGUAGUAGGAGAUCUUCAUUUAAAGGAGGGCGAGGUUGUGGUUAUAUUGGAUAAGAUCAGCGAUGACUGGUACAAGGCGAGAAACUCCCAAGGAGAUAUCGGCAUUUGCCCAGUUAACUAUGUGCAGGAAAUUGAUUCAGUUGCCAUAGUUCCACCAGCGUUGACAUCGCUUGGGGCAGUGGCAUCUACGACAACAGCUGGCGGUUUAACAUCAGCUUCACUGCCUCUCGAGGCCAUAACGUCACUUGGACAACAGCAUGUCAUUUCAUGGCUCGCCACAUCAAGCCCGCCAGCGGCGCCGUCGGUUGUUAGCUCGGACUCAGGAGGAGAUCCAAAGUCGGUGACAGCGACCACCGGCGCACUAAAGGAAAGAAAGGAGCGUCGAGACAAAGACGGCAAAGAUCGAGGGGGGGAUCAACGAGAACGGGAAGUUCGUUCGCAGGCGUCCACCCCUGAGGAGGAAGAUUUUUCAUGGGAUUUUGGUUCGCCUGAUCACGAGAAUUACGAACCCCAUCGACAUCUUGCAGGGCGGCCAUCGCUGGUUAGCUUUACACCACUUGUGCCUCUCGUGCCUGCGGUUCCUGUUGUUAGCGGUAAAACCGCGCAAUCUUUGCCACUUGGAACUGCAGAGCUGUUAUUAAGUCCCGCCGAUUCUGUGGGUGAUAAAACAAAGCCGCCGCAGUUAGUUCCGGCGCGCCCGCCACCCCCUCCUCCGACUCCUCCAAUGCCGACUGGCGCAGGGAAACAAUCAGACAUUGCUGCAGCUUCUCUGGCAAAGGUCGCUUUGGCCGAUAGCCAACAACAUGCACCACAAAGGCCUGCUCCACCGGUGCCGAUGACAGUUUCAAGCCGUUACGAGAACUGCGUUGACCCAUCUGACAAUGCUGCCCAGACAGCGGCUCGUGCACUUCUUGAGCAACAGCAUCGAGAAGAUAAUCGCGUUCGGAAGCAACGGGAACAGCGGCAGUGCGUCAUUACUGAAAUGAUUCAAACAGAAAGGGACUACAACCAAGAUCUGCGGCUGUGUUUUGACACGUUCCUCAAGGACCCCAUGCAAGCGAGGCGGCUCGGCAUAGACACGGUAACAUUAUUUGGAAAUCUAGACGAAGUUAUUGAGGUCUCAUCUCAGUUACUAGCCCGAAUGGAAACAGAGCAAAAACGAAUGGAGGAUGAACAGCGUGUAGGAGCCUGCUUUGGUGAACUCGUUGCCCGCCUUCAAGACAUCUAUUCACACUAUUGUCGAAAUCACGAUGAUGUAUCCGGCCUGCUGGCCAGGUACGAGCGAGACGCCGACAUCAAUCGGUUUCUUCAAAAUGGUAUCAGCGAAAUGCAACGUACAAACAACUGUUUUGAUCUGGCAUCGGUUCUCAUCAAACCUGUGCAACGCAUCCUUAAAUAUCCACUGCUAAUUAAUGAACUCGAGAAAGCUACUGAGGACGCUCAUCCAGACAAACAGCUGUUAUUGCAAGCAAUGGACGACAUGGCAAGGGUGGCAACCGAUAUCAACGAAGUGAAGCGCCGAAAGGAUCUUGUUUCGAAGUACCGUUCGAACCCUGAGGCCAGCCUCAGUCAAAGGUUGUCCAAAUUGAACCUUCAUUCUGUGAUGAAGAAGUCUACACGACUCACAGUUAAAAUGUCCAGCUCACUUGGCUUCACCACUGUUGUACGUGACGAAGAUUUUGAGCGCGAAGAGCAUCGAUUUAUUUUGGUAGAAAAAAGCAUCAAGAACUUUCUUAAGAGUAUGCGGACGUUUUGUGACCAACUGCAAGAGUGUUUGAAAGUUGGACUUCAACUGGCCGAAGAUAUUUGUGACUUUCAUGCCGAACGUUGCAAUCUGCCCGAAGUAGACGGGUUCCGGAUGGCGCAGCACGCUAUUUAUGCCGAAUAUUGGACGGAAUUUAUUCGAAACAUCGAAAAGCAUGUUGUCGAAAUUCUGCAGAGUGCACUCGAAAUGCUGGCAGCUCCACACAAGAUCAUCGCAAAACGCGAACACAAACUCUUGGAUCUGGCGGCCUGUACAGCCCGCACCGAGAAGAACCGAGAUGCGACAAGACACAAGGCUUUCGAAGAGGAAGAACAAAGUGCGCGGAACACUUACAAUGCUCUUAAUAGCCAACUACUCGACGAACUGCCACGGCUCUGCAGCCUCAGUAGUGAUCUAUUGGGCAGCUGUGUAGAUUCGUUCCUUCGUGCACGCAAACUACUUAUCGGCCGAAUCACAAGCCAACUGCUUGAACUUUGCGAACUGACCGGAGUGAAGGAUUCACCGAGUGACGUGCUUGAUACGUUUGAGCAUAAACACCGUGCCGCUUUGCAAACGUUUAGCGCUUUCUCAAUGCUACAACCUAAUCUUUCCGGCAACCCCUUCAAGAUGGACUCAUUUACCAAGGGAAGCAAUUUUCUCAGGAAGUCGUUCAACGACAAACAUGGGGUGGCUCUAGACCUCGUUCCACAGACUGACGCCCACCGACAGUGGCUAAAGCAGGAGUACGGGGACAAUGUGUACACCGUCGCUCUAACAAUACAAACGAGUGAUCCUAAUGAGAUAUCUCUUAACAAAGGCGAUCUCGUUGGACUGCUCCGUUCGGCAGACCCGUCUGGAAACCCGAUGCGUUGGUUUGUCGAUAAUGGUCGCUGCAAAGGUCUUAUUGCAAGUAAACACCUUCUCAGGGACGGCCAUAACCGAGUGGUCACGAGUGGUGGACACGCAGUGUCCAGCAGCGGUAGCAGUUUCACUUAUUCGACUGCGGUUGCGAACGCUUCGAUGGUGAUGGCUGUUCCCGGAGUGACCUCGGCCAAUGGCGGAGCUGCGCGGCCGACCUCAGGUUCGUUCGCGACAAAUCGAGCCACACCAGUGAGACCCACAUCACUGACGAGCAAUGGCACAUCUGUUACUGCUCCUACUCCGGCAGCAUCCGCAGGAAUCGCAGCGCCAAUAGCGUUGGGAAACAGCGUAAAUAAGCACCAAGCGGAACUCAGUACCCUGUUCAACAACGCUGUCGGUGCUUCCGCCGAUGGCGUUUCUGGCGCGGCCAACAUUUCAGCGGUAUCUGCUGGUAACAAUGUCAAAACCUAUUCAAACGGAAAUGCAUUAUACGGUAACGUAGAAUCUGCGCUCGGCCUUAGCGAUGUCGCACCCCGGGCGUCCGUCGAGGCGCAGUCACUUCAACGACAGAGCGAACGGAACGCCCGGACCUUAGCGGCCGUCAAUGGUGAGGGUGUCAAGGUGCUGUCAAUCUACCCAUCGCAACUGCCUUUGCAGCCUUCGAAACGCGUAGUGAAUCCGGUAAUCAGUAAUUUGCCUAAUCGCAGUAACCAGAGCGGGGGGCCAAAUAUUCCCGCCACCAAUGCACCCACGUCUCAAACAUCCGCCUCUCAGGCCGUCGGUACAAAACGGCUCCAUAAGCCUUUACCGGCUUUACCCGUGAAAGAACAGGACAACGUGUAUUCAAACCUGGAUGCACUCGACAACUGUGAUAUACAGCCGCAACAGGAACGACGACAACAAAUGCAGCAACCUAAGCACGAUCCACAUUCACUGAUCGAUGUUCGUCAGAGGCUCGAAGAGUAUUAUUACGCUCUCUAUAAGCUCGAUGAAGUCGGACCUGGUCAGCUUCCACUUGCACAAGGUCAAGUGGUGCUUGUGAUCUUCACAUGCGACCUUGAAAACAACUCUGAGUGGUGGUUUGUUGAAGAUCGCUAUGGUAAACAGGGAUACGUGCCCGCUUCAUACCUCCGAAAAUACAAAAUGCCCUAGAAGGCUUGCGGCCGGUGAUCUAUCUGAAAGAAUCAAUCCCAUGCAGUCGUACUGCAGUGAAUCAGAAAAAAAUAUCGAAGUUCGCCUCGGGCGUCGAGAAUCUUUUACAAAGAGUGAACUAUGAAAAAGAGACAUGUGGGUCAGCGCAUAAGAGAGAUGUGGGUCAUUAGAAAAUAUUCAACAUAAUAAGAAAUAAAUGUUGAAUUGAGAUAGCUAUAGGGGCUGCAGUUUAAGAGCAGAAAGUAGUAAGUGCCCAAACCAAAAAAAAAAGACCGUAUUCUGCACAACUGGUGCAUAACAGCCAAGAGGUGCCUCUAUGCUUUGCUUGACGGCCAUUUAGUGUUUAGUUAAACAACGAAUUUAGAGUCAACGUGACGAAAAACAUAGCAACGAGCUGUUAAACACAAACGAAGUCAAGACAACUUCCGUGUCGUUUAAACAAGUCAAGUAAGCGAAGAUGAUGCUAGCUAGCUAGCUUUAGCAAAGAUAUAUGCGUUGGAUAUACUAGUUUUCUUUUUUAUAUUUUGUUAUAGCCAUUGUAGGAUACACACACAGUGCACUUGAAAAUAUCAGAUUUAAAUCACUAUUUAGAAGAACACACACAUAUAUAUAUAUAUAUAUAUAUAUAUAUAUAUAUAUAUAUGAUGUGCAAGGACUGAUCUGGCUCGAUUGUUGGGUUCUGGCCAUCCUGUGGCCACAGAAGGCCAACCCUGAGUCGGUCAGUCGUGACAACCUUCCAUUGAGUAUCGAAAGUUUGCCCCCGUAGAAGAGCGAAACUUGGUUUAGAAUAUGUUCAGGUAGUUUCAGAGCGUUCGACAAACUAGAGGCAAACGUCACGUAAGGAAGGGCCGCAGAAAGGUGUUGUGUCAAGACUUCGCGGGUGAUCCUUAAAUCUACUAAGUUCUACCCAUGACGUGCUUGUUCUGUCUACACGAACUAAGAACGAAGCACGACGACAACAAAAAUGAGGGGAAAAAUAGCGAAUUAAAUUUUCAGGACCGUCCAUCUUCUUAAGUGCACUGAUUGCAUGUGGGGAUUUUAGCAGUGGAACUCAGGAAUAGUCAAUUGUGAACAAUGAAACUACGUUAUCGGAGAAAAUGUAGUCUUCUAAAUUUGCAAAAUCAACUGUAACAUAUAAAGCUUUUAGUUACAAAUAAUGGAAAAGCACUAAAGGAGCUCCUGGAGAUCAAAUCAAUACUGUGACAAAUAGAUACCGUUAGUGUGUAUUAGUGGCAGGAGACUACAGGCCAUUGGCAUUUAUUCAAAGUAUCACGCUAUCGGACGAUAAGUCACAGUUGGCAACCAAAAACUACCAGCUUAGCAACGCGGAAAAGAGCAGUUACAGAACGGCGAUUUCAUGGCGCGUAUCAUAAGGCCGAGAUAUUGGUGAUCACUGUCGGCCUUGAAAUAGGAUAGCGAAAAAUUAAUUAAUGACAAUGAUGACGGUUAUGAUGAAAACAAUCACUGGGGAGUAAGGAAAAGCAAAGGUUAAAACAUCUCUAGCCUUUAGUGCUGCCGCUGUGCUUCAACGACGGGACGAAGUCUCAUUAAACAUACUGUUGUAUUAUAGGCAAUGUUUAGUUAUACUGACAGGGAGUGAUUACAUAACGGAAUUCUAGAAUUCAUGCAAGAUUAACAUAACGGUCCUGAAAACACCUAUCAAUUAUAUAAUAUAUAAGAAAAAGUUGAAAGUAAUAAAAAAAACAUAAUCCUAAAGCUAA